ACCAAUACAUGAUGAGGCACCGGGUCGAAGGCUUUUGAGAGGUCCAUAUAAACGACACCGAAACACUCAUUAUGAUUUAGCGAUGGGCGACACGAUCCCUGUGUUCAAGAAAUGGCACAAAGUAGGAAGCACCGAAGUCUGUCUGAAAUCUGCGAAUCCAUCAUGGAAAAAAACGAUCGAUAUCGACUAUCACUUUGGGAAGCGAGAGAUGCUCAAGUUUAAAGUGUGCAACCAGGACAAGGAAAUUGUGGGCGGUAUGGAAGUCACUUUGGCAACUUUGGUGGCUUCUCCGGGAAAGGUUUUCAAGUCAAAAAUGACUUUGGGACCGAGCAAGAACGGACGCUUCAUCAUCACCACGAAGGAGUGUCCGUCCCAAAAAAGACAUGGCCAGCCAUCCUUUGUGGACUACAUCCAAAAUGGAACGGCUCUCAAUUUUGCAGUAGCCAUCGACUUCACUUCAUCAAAUGGCAAUCCUAGGAGUUCCUCAUCGCUUCAUUAUAGAGGCAAUCCCAAAGGCAAGAACGCUUACACUGAAGCUAUUCGAGCCUUAGGACCCAUCCUGGAGGAUUACGACGCCGACAACCUAUUUCCGGCGUGUGGAUUUGGAGCUAAGGUUCCACCCAGUGAUGAGGUGUCUCACGGUUUCUUUCUGAACCAGAGCCGCCAUAACCCGGAUUGUCGUGGUGUGGAGGGAAUCCUGAAAGCCUAUGCUACUUCGCUGGAAAAAGUCAAAUUGUCUGGGCCCACCCAUUUUGCCCCCGUGAUUAAUUACACUGCCAAGGUUGCAAGACAACAUAAGGAUGGGCGCAAAUAUUAUGUUCUGCUAAUUAUCACGGACGGCGCCAUCACAGAUUUGGAGCAAACCAAGUCUGCCAUAAUUAAGGCAUCGGACUUGCCAAUGAGCAUCAUCAUUAUUGGUGUUGGGAAAGCGAAUUUUUCGUCGAUGGUGGCUCUGGAUUCUGACGAUAGGCUGCUGAGGUAUCAUGGCCGUGAAGCCAAGCGCGAUAUUGUUCAGUUCGUUGAAAUCAACAAGUUCGCCAAGGAUAACGGGACCUGGAAGAAGAAGGCAUUGGCCAUGGAGGUUUUGUCUGAAGUCCCAACUCAAGUGGUUCAAUGGAUGACCGAAAAUGGAAUUAACCCACUUUAACAAAUGACGAAUGGAACGACAUGAAAAAAUAGACCCUGAUCAGGGUUAUGACGGGUGAAAUAUAAUGACAUUUA